AUGGCGGGCCUCAUAACUGGUGUGGCACAGUGUCGCUACUCUGCCCCGUAUUUAGUAACUCUAGACGGCACCAGCGAAUUCCCCACAACGCUCUGCAUGACUCCCUAUGGUCGUAAAAACCAGAUUUGGCCGAGGCAGACCACAAUUAGGGACGGUGCGACUCAGAAUGUCGAAUUUAUCUUGGAGGAAGAUAAAUUCCGCCAUGCUGUGGAUCUCAAGCGCAAGUCAAACUUUUACGUCGUUCUCAGUGUGGAAUGUGGUGGACAGAGUCCCAUGGAAACGCAACUGUUGCUGAGCCCACGCACAGCACAUCACAUCUUCAUCCAGACAGACAAGCCCAUUUACCACCCGAAAAGCAAAGUGCGUAUCCGUCUGAUAGCCUUGGAUGAACGCCUGCGGCCACUGAAGAAGGUGAUUACACUCCAACUAAAGAGCCCACAGGGAAUCGUAGUCGAGGAACACAUCCUUCGUCCAUGGGACACUCCUAUUUUCAGUCGUGAGCUGGAGCUUCGCGACGGAACCAUGCUGGGAGACUGGACGAUUGUUGCCCUGCACGGCUACAAGAAUCAACAGAACUACACGACGACCUUCAGGGUGGACAAAUACGUGCUUCCUCGAUUCUCGGUAGACGUGCAAACGGAGAAGCCGUACAUUUUGGAAGACACUGAAUCAGUUGAAGUAUCUGCAACAGCGAAAUUCGUGAACAAGCAGAACGUUCAGGGACACGUGAUAUUUCGCUUUGGUGUGAGGAACCUCACAAGCCAAAUUCAGUGGAUAGGGAGUCGUACGGAGCCCAAACAGCUGAAAUAUGGAAAAGCAAAAUUCACCCUGAAGAAAGGAGAUCUUCAUGGAAAUUAUACCAACGAACAGUGGCUAAGCCUGCAUAGGACGCACGCAAGGCUGGUGGUUGAGGCCAACGUCACUGAAGACGCAACGGGAGCAAAAGAGUCGGAGCUUUUCGAUCAAUGCGUGUUUUCAACCAGUCCUUACGUGAUAUCCCUGGAAGAGAACCAACGAACCUUCAUGCCAGGCGUCCACAUCUACAUACUGGCUAAAGUGUCCCAUCUGACGGGUUAUCCAGCCAAGGGUGUUCCCUUGACCAUCGAAACCAGCGUGAGCAAUGCGACAGACACAGUGAAGGAAACAGACAAUAAUGGACUGGCAAGCUUUCAUGUGGAAAUUCCAGGAAGAACUCGCCCUGUCAUUACUGUUAAGAUAAAGACCGCAUCCGGAAGUUUGCCUGCAGAACAGCAGGCGAUAGCGACCAUGCGCCUGGAACCGUAUACUACACCCAAUGACGGCUUUAUAGCCAUACAGAGGAAUGAUCCCAAGUUUCCUGCGAAAGUUGGUGAAGAGUACAACGCUGUUCUUUUGACAAAUGUGGAUGACCAUCAAAUGGUUGCUUACUAUACGGUCAUAUCCAAGGGACGAGUCAUCCUCACAGCCAAAAUAGAAGAAGGGAUUCUGCAGAAAAGUAUUUCAUUGCGUGUAACGGAAGACAUGGAACCAAACUUCCGCGUGGUGGCUUUCGCAAAAGUGCGUUACAAUGGGACAGAUGCUGUUACCUUGUUCAGCGAUUCCGUUUACGUCCGCACGGAGCGUUCUUGCAGUAAGAACUCUCAGACGGAACUGAGCCUCGAAGAUACUCAAGUUGAGCCUGGUGGUGCUCAAACAAUCACGAUCAAAGGAAAAGAAGGCACGGUUGUGGGUAUCAUGGGUGUUGACAAAGCGGUUUACUUACGGCACAAGAAGGGUCUACUUACGUCCGACAAGGUCUUUUCUGCCUUGGAAUCCAAAGACAUGGGCUGCAGCGUGGGUGGGGGAGUUGACGACAACGAAGCCAUCUUCAAAUCAGGGGUGGUCGUCCUAACGAAAGGCCUGAAUCCCACUACAAGAAAUGCCGAAGGUCCAGCCCUUCGCAAAUGCUGCGAGCACGGAAUCAGGAGGGAUGCCUACCAGAAGAUGGGCGAUGUCCGUGUUGAACACCUGCAGCGAAUAGUACAGUCGGAGAAGCAAGCAUGCCUGGAUUGUACAGCUGCAUACCGGCGUAGUGGCUCCCUUCGAGAGGAACACGACGAGGAAGCUAUAUUUGCGAGAUUGUUGUACGAGCUUGACUCCAUUUAUCCCGACAAUACUCUGGGACCCGUGAGAGAAGACGAAGUACGCAGAGACUUCCGCGACACCUGGCUGUUUAAUACUGUUACAAUUGGCCCUUCUGGCAAAGCAGAGCACGAGACUACCUUGCCGGAGAGCAUCACGACCUGGGAGUUGGGAGCAGUUAGUGUGUCUCCACGCGGUGGGAUAUGCGUGGCAUCGCCCGUAGAAAUCACCACUUUGAAACCGGUCUUCAUAGAAAUCAACCUGCCGUAUUCCGUCGUGCAAAAUGUACAAAUUGAGGUACCAGUGACACUCUACAACUAUGGAAGUAAGGAUAUACAGGCUAAGGUGUUUCUUCAAGGGACACGAGGCAUCUGCUCAUCAGCCAAAGAAGGAGAGAUAUCUCCAAUUCAAAAACUCACUGUUCCCAAAGGGAGUGGUCGUACAGUAGUAUUCCCUAUCGUUCCCUUGGAAGCUGGUGACCGAUAUAUCCAGGCCUCCGCCUUCACCAGCAACGGCAAAGACAGCGCUCGAGUGCGCUUGAGAGUGGAACCGCCGGGGAAGCCGUCAAAAAGUGACGUCACGUUGGUUCUGGAUCCACUGAACGAAAGGAAGAGAAACCAGCGAGUCGUAUCAUCAAACGAGUACAGGGACGCAAUCUCUGUUGACACGAAAACUCAGCUGGUAGCAUUCAAAAUCCCUGAUCUCAAGAACGCCGUACCCGGAACGGAGCGCUAUGAAUUGAACGUCAUCGGAGAUGAAUUGGGACAUCAUUUAGAAAUAGCGAUAAGUGACCCUACACACCUGGUUAGGAUAACUCCAGGAUCUGCUCUGUGGAUCAUGAUAUAUCAGGCCCCAACGCUGUACACUUACGGCUACUUAAAGGCGUCGAACAAAAUAACCGAGGAAACAGAAGACAAGGCCCUUGAUGCCAUGCGGAAAGGAUACGCAGAGAUACUGGCAUACCGUCAGCCUAAUGGGGCAUAUGCGAUGUGGCUUCACGUCAAACCAAGUCAGUGGCUAACAGCAUUUGUGGUGAAGAACCUAUGCGAAGCGAGCAAAUGGAUAAGAGUCGACGAGCACGCUAUCACUAGCGCGCUUGCCUUCCUCAUCAACAAGCAAACAGCGAACGGGAGCUUUGUGGAAGAUUCGCCGACAUUCUUAAGUCAAAUGCAGGGAGGAAUCAAAGGUGCAAUCCCUAUGACCGCUUUCGUCAUGAUGGCGUUUUCGGAAUGCAUUGAGGACGGAGUGCAGGUUGACACCUUAAACUACUCAAAUGCUCGAGCAGCCGCGUACCUCGAAAAAAAUCUAGGACCGUCAUCUGGCAACUACGCUCUGGCGCUUUGGGCGUACGCCUUCGCAGUGGGAAACAGCCCUUCGAGGUCUAAGGUGCUGCAGUAUCUAAAGAACGUCGCCAGUUACGCAGAAGAAACUAACAUGCGGCACAUUCCUGCACCCACGCAGUCGCUUACUAUUGAGGCAACGGCAUACGCUCUGAUGAGUUUAAUAAUCGACGGAGGCGAUCGGACUUAUAUUGAAAGCUUUGUCAACUGGAUGAACACGCACUUUCACCCAAACGGUGACGCCAGCUCCACGCAGGACAUGGUAGUCGGCCUCCAGGCUCUUACCAAGUAUGCAACAUACAGCAAGGACGACUUGAUGGACCUCACGUGCGACGUUACCCUCAGUUCAGACAGGAACUUCAUUCAGACUUUCAGGAUUAAACGAAACAACCGCCACAUAGUCAACAGUAUCCAGAUCCCGCAUUAUCCUGGGGCAAGGGUAUUUCUGACAGCACGAGGCAGAGGAACUGCAAAUGUGACGUUCACCACAUUUUACAACGUGGCUGCAGGCGAAAAUGAACUCUGCAAGUUCGAUCUUCAUGUGAACUUCACGGAGUUGUCAGUGCGACAAAUAGUGGAUUACAAAAAGCAUGCUAAUACAACUCUACGCAGGAAACCAUACAUGAUGGAAGUAUGUGCUAGGGCUCUCAAAGUCGGAGACACCGGUAUGGGAAUCAUUGAUGUGGGCCUCCUUACUGGAUUCUCUCCUGACCUUCAUGAUCUUGGACAGAUCCGGGAUAUGGACCUCGUCGACGCUUUUGAGGUAACGAGCCGCAGCGUUGUGUUCUACUUGAGAUCCAUCCCACAUGAGGAGCAAGUCUGCCUGCGAUUCCAUGUGAUUACGCGAUACUUCGUAGGAAAUGUGCAAUCCAGCUACGUUCGUGUUUACCCAUACGACGAACUUGAAACCGCCUGCACGAAGUUCUACGCCCCUGACUCGGCUAGCCCUUCGGUGAAGACAUGGUGUGGAAAUACAGGUGUCUGCCGUUGCGUAGAAGGAGGAUGUCCGCUGGAGAACCCCCUCGAACAAUUUAUUAGGGCUCCGGAAGGUACAGGAUACCUUUCACGCGAUAGAGGGAGAGAACUUAUCACUUUAUACGCAUGCCAUCAAGCGGAUUUUGUUUGGAUCGGAGGCAUGUUACUGCAGGAGACGGUAGACGGGUUCAUCAAUAUCGACUUACGGAUCGAUCAGGUUCUUAAGAAAGGUAAUGACGCUGUCGGAAAGGGAGACGUCCGUCGACUAAAGUUACGUGACAGGUGUCACCAGAUCAAAAGGCUCAUAAAGAAUCAACCAUUCAUUCUGAUGGGUCGCGACUCUGACAUACAGGAAGAAAUUGGAGGAGAGCAACAGUUGGUCUAUUACAUCGACCAGAGUUCCCUGCUGUUCGAAAAAACACGGAAGGCAAGAUCGGAGAGGAUACUCGUAGGGUGGUUCGUGUCAGAGUUUAAGAAAGCGGAGGGAGACCGCUGCCCGUUGUGAAGCUCACUGAUGGGAGCCCUUCUCCAGCUUGGCACGAAUCGAGGAGACUCAGUUGGCAAGAAGGAAGGGACAUGCUCAGCUGGCAUCGAAAUCUUUGUUGUGUGUGCAAAAUGAUGUAGUGCAGAGGCAAAAUGUUGACGCGAGCACAAAAUAUGCAGCCCAUGUAUGUAAUCCAUUGUUAUAACUGUGAAGAAUUGAGGAUGGUUCAAGAAAAUAUCAUGCUUGCAUCGAAUUGUUAAAACGAGAAAUAGGAAGGCAGCACACAUGUUAUGGGGACGAUCGUGACACUUAACAAGAGCAAUGUGUUCUCUAAGUGGAAGUGGAAUAAAGUGGAUUUUGGACUUGCA